CCACAUGUUCAUUCAUUAGUAAAUUGACAUUGAAAAAUAUUUUUUUUAUAUAAAAAUGUAGAAAAAGCAUGCUACCUAAAAAACAUUUCCCGAAAAUAAAAAAAUGUUUGUUAGAAGAUGCUUUUCCAACUUGAAUAAGUUAUUUGACAUACACUAUACUAAAAGAGAGGUUAUAUUAAAUAAUCAUUUAAAGAUUAACAGUAUUUUAAACUGUUAUAGGCCUUUUGCAACUGGUGUAGCUACAGAAAAUGAACACCCUAAACAGAAAAUUGCCGCUAAACUUGUGGAGAAGGCACCAAAGCAGUUACAGCCAUACUUGCGACUUAUGCGCCUGGAUAAACCGAUAGGAACGUGGCUAUUGUUUUGGCCAUGUGGAUGGGGAAUAGCCUCAGCAGCAGCACCUGGCUGCUUUCCAGAUCCAUAUAUGCUAGCAUUAUUCGGAACAGGUGCAUUGGUGAUGAGAGGUGCAGGUUGUACGAUAAAUGAUAUGUGGGAUCGUGAUAUAGAUGCCAAAGUAGAAAGAACGAAAGAUAGACCUUUAGUGAAUGGUGAUGUAUCACUUAAACAAGCCUUCUUGUUUCUGGGUGGACAAUUAAGUGUCGGUUUAAUAAUACUGUUGCAGUUAAAUUGGUACAGUGUAUUCCUUGGCGCUAGCUCCCUAGGUUUAGUAAUUAGUUAUCCUUUAAUGAAGAGGUUUACCUACUGGCCCCAGUUGGUAUUGGGUUUUACUUUUAACUGGGGUGCCCUCCUAGGUUACAGUGCUCUUCAUGGAUAUGUUGAUUUAGCAACGUGUCUGCCAUUAUAUCUGGCAGGUGUUUGUUGGACCAUUAUCUACGAUACUAUUUAUGCCCAUCAAGAUAGAACUGAUGACUUGCGCUUAGGAAUUAAGUCGACAGCCAUCAAGUUCAAUCAAGAUACUAAACUGUGGCUCAGUGCAUUUGCUUCGACGAUGAUUGGAAACUUAUUUUUAUCCGGAGUAAUGAGUGAUCAAACGUGGCCAUAUUACACAUCAGUUGCUUUGGUUGCAACACAUCUUGCCUCUCAAAUUAGUACUUUAAAAAUUGAUAGUCCCACUGAUUGUUCUAAUAAAUUUAUUUCUAAUUCUAUGGUAGGACUGAUUUUGUUUUGUGGCAUUAUAUUAGGUACUUUACUUAAAAAAGAUAGGAAUAAAAAUAAAGAUUUUAUGAAAAGUAUACCAGUCCAACUGUUAAAUUAAAUGGAAAAGUUAUAAUUAAUGUGAUAAUAUUGUAAUUUUAUUGCACCACUAAGUAUUUUGAAAUGUGUUUAAAAGAAAAAUAAACGAAUCUGCAAAUU